AUGCGGAAUUGUAAAUUAUAUCUUCUCUCAACUAAGCUAAAGAAUUCCAUUUCUUCUGAUUUUGUUUUUGUUUAAAAAGGAGUGGAAUAACCGAGAAAAAGAAAAGGAAGAGAAGGACCUUUUUCAUUCCUCUGAUUAGAUCUUUGUUUAACUCUAAUUUUUCUUAUUCUUUCAAUGCUUUCCAAAUAUUGAAUUUUGAUUGAUGAAGGAUCCGAUGAAUUUACAUUAAAUCCUUCGUUGUGAUCACUGAUUGCUACCGGAUUCCUGCCUGAUUUUCUGGAUAAGAAAAGAUGGAGGUGGAUCAAGGUAAGCUCUUUAUGGGUGGGAUUUCUUGGGAAACGAAUGAGGAUCGUCUUAAAGAUUAUUUUGAAACAUAUGGGGAUGUUGUGGAGGCAGUGAUCAUGAGAGACCGAACCACAGGUCGUGCUCGUGGCUUUGGCUUUGUUGUCUUUGCAGACCCUGCCGUUGCUGAGAGGGUGGUUAAGGAGAAGCACAUGAUUGAUGGACGAACUGUGGAAGCCAAAAAAGCUGUUCCUAGGGAUGACCAGAACCUUAUAAACCGGAACAGUGGCAGCAUGCAAGGUUCACCAGGACCUGGACGCACUAAAAAGAUAUUUGUAGGAGGAUUAGCAUCUACAGUCACUGAGAAUGAUUUUAAAACUUAUUUUGAUCAGUUUGGUACCAUAACAGAUGUUGUGGUGAUGUAUGACCACAAUACGCAGAGACCAAGAGGUUUUGGGUUUAUAACAUAUGAUUCGGAGGAGGCAGUAGAUAUGGUGUUGCAUAAAACUUUUCAUGAACUCAAUGGUAAAAUGGUUGAGGUAAAGCGAGCAGUUCCUAAAGAAUUGUCCCCGGGAGCCAGCCGGAGCCCACUUGUUGGUUAUAACUACGGGUUUACUAGACCCAACAAUUUCCUGAAUAACUAUGCCCAGGGAUAUAAUCUUAGCCCAGUUGGAGGUUAUGGAGUUAGGAUGGAUGGUAGGUAUAGUCCUCUAGCUAGUGGUAGAGCUGGUUUCUCACAUUUCGGUUCUCCUGCAUAUGGACUUGGUGUCAAUAUGGAGCAAGGUUUGGGUGGUGGCUUUGGAGGGGGCUCUAACUUCAACAGCAACCUAGGCUAUGGCCGUGUUCUGAACCCGUAUUUUGCCAGUAACCAGAGCAGGUACAACACACCAAUUGGUUUCAAUACAAGUAACAGCAGAGGUGAAUCUUUUCUAAACUCUUCACCCAGAAGUGUAUGGGGAAACGGUGGACUUAAUGCUUCCCCAAAUGGUGCCGGUUCUGCUUCAUACUUUGGUUCUGGAAGUGGUGGUUUCGGAGUCUUCGGAAACAAUGGAACAAACUGGGGUACUUCCCCUGUUGCUGGGUCCCUCGGAGGAGGCUCUUCUGGCUACAAUGGUGGAAACUUUGUCUACAGAGGUGGAGAUAAUAAUUUUUCUGUGGGAGCAGGAGGAUUUGGAAGAAACACUGGAACAGUGACCCGACAUGGCAAACUGCAUCUUCUGAGCUCAAUAAUUCUAAUUCGUUUGGCUAUGGGCUUGGAAACCCAGAAGAUGUUGCCGCUAAAGAUUCUGAGGAUUAUGUGGUCGGAUAUGACCUUCCAACUAGGCAAUCCAGUAGAGGGAUUGCUGCUUAGGAAACUUCAGAGGUAUGAAGAUAAUGUAGGAGAUGAGAUUUUUGAGAAGUUGCGGGUUGUGAAUUUCGUACGUAUCCCCCACAUGUAUACACAAACAGAUAUAUAUCUCAUGUCAUUACAGAGAACUAACAGGGAUGUUGGGUUGAAGCAUAGAUGUCAGAAGGAUUUUGUGAAGGCUUUUGAAAAUAUACGAUCAAUAUUUUGGUUGAGAUGUAUAUCAGAUUGCGGGAGGAGGAUCCAUACGAGUUUUGAUUUGUUGUGAGAAGACGCAGUCAAGGUAGAGUUUUCUUCCUUUUUUGUAUUCAUUUUCCCCCUGUUUUUUGGCUCUAAUGACUGGCUGAAAUUUUCCUUUUUUUUUCUGGGAUUUGUAUUCGUCUCCAAUUGUAUGUGUGAAUGCUAGCAUGAUAUAUAAAGAGGGAGUUUAAGCCUUGCUAGGUUUCCCUUCAAUAAAAAUACCGAUAUGAUUAUGCGUUGGAAAUAA